CGUAGGAGAAAAAACACAUUCUUAAAAUUGAAGCUCCCACGAUCAUUCUUCUUCAGAAAUCGAAUGAGAUCGGUCGCGAAACGUUCUAUCGCCCCAUAACAAAUUCUGGUUGCACUUGUUUGCCUUAAUUGACGUGUUUUAUAAACAAACAAAUAAACCUCUUUUUUUACAAAAAAUAAAGAUCGCGAUGACAAUAAUUUUUCGAGCUAUAUUAACACUACUGUGGUGUGGCAUCGUUUGUAAAGGAUACACGCCAAUGUUGUCCGCCGGUAUGAUGAACGGUAAUCCUCAGGUUCCCUACACUUGGAAAAUGUUAGAUUUCAGUUUUCCAAGUGACGCCGAUAUGAAGGCGGCCGUUGAAAGCGGCAAUUAUGUGGAGAAUAAUGGUCUCCCGAUUGAUGUACAGCCUCACUAUCAAAAAAAUAAGCAACGCAGAAUUUUUGUAACGAUUCCAAGAUUUCAAACUGGCAUUCCAUAUACCCUUGCUACACUAUCUGACGAAAUGGGUCCCAAUGGUCCUUGGCUUAAGCCAUACCCAUCGUAUAGGGCUCACAACGUUAACGGCGAUGACUGUGAUCAAAUCACCUCAGUGUUCAGAGUGGCGAUCACGGAAUGUAAUCAAAUGUGGGUCAUGGAUUCCGGUUCGGUGGGUGUCGAAACUCGCUGUCCUCCACAACUUCUUCUGUUUGAUUUGAAUACCGAUCAGCUUUUGCAUCGCUACAGAUUAAAUACCACUGUCUAUACUCCCUCCGCUUCAUUGUUUGUGACACCAAUUGUCGUUGUCAAGGACCCACCGCCACGUGGCAGUUGCAGGCGCUCGAUGGUCUAUGUGGCUGAUGUCAAUUUCCAUGGUUUAGUUGUUUACGAUUUCAUGAGCAAUAGCUCGUGGCGUGCUGAGCACACCUUUAUGUAUCCCGAUCCAGACUAUGGUACUCACACCGUUGCCAGAGAAUCAUUUACCCUGAUGGAUGGCAUCAUAGGCAUGACAACUAACAAACGACAUUUGUUCUUCCACAGCAUGGCCAGUAUUUCAGAGUAUGCGGUGCCUCUGCAAGUGCUCGACAACAGCACCCACUUUGUAAACGGCGCCAGUGGAGCCCCUGAGACCUACAUAGACCUGGGGAAACGUAGCAGCGAGUGCGUGGCAACUGCCACUGACAGUCGCGACAAUGUCUAUUGCGUCACCUUCAAUCCCAUCGAGUUGAUUUCUUGGAAUGUAAACACGCGUUACAACAAUAAGAGUUUCAAGAGAAUACCCAUCAACCAACAGCUCAUAGAAUUUGUCAGUGGCAUGAAGGUUGUGACAAACAAUCAGGGCAAAGAAGAGCUGUGGAUGAUAUCAAAUCGUUUCCAGAGAGUCGCCGCGGGUACUCAGAACACAAGCGAGCUGAAUUUUCGCAUCUUGAUUUACACCUUGGGCAACGUUCGCUCCGGCAGCAAUGAUGACCUGACCAAUAGAUUGGUGUUUACGCAUUGAGAAAUACCAACUGUUUGGUCAAACCCUUUCGCUAAGCCUAUACUAAGUUAAUGUUCCUUUAAAUACGUUUUCCGCUUUUGGCUGUGGUGCCAUGAAAUGCUAGAAUAAAGUUCUUGUUCUACCGUCAGUUAAUAGGUGGAGUCCAAA